GUCAUUUUAUACUAAUCGAGCGGCGAAGAUAGAAGAGAACAGAAAGGAUCAACUCCAGGCUGAGAAGGAGUUCAUUGAUCGCAUGAAUCAGAUGGAUACCACCGCUACUGCUUCCAACCCAUGGAGCGUCGUAGCCAAUCACAUAAACUUUUACAAGGAUCCUGCCAGCAGUGUAGCUGCUACCACGAGCAAUGGUAGUAAUAAAACAUCCAGUGAGAGGGCAGCUCAUAAGGAGCGUGAGGGCCAGAAGGAUGGUGGGAAUCAGACUCGGAUGAAGCAGCUAUUGCAGGAUCUGAGGAAGAAUGGUUUAAAUGUUAACCACCAUACCACUGCCGGUGUUGGUGCAUAA